AUGAAUCAAGCUGUCGGCUUCUUGAAGAUCCAGCUGGACCCGCUCAACCGCGGUAGGACCAGGCGCGACGACAUUCUGCGCGCUGUCCAGGCCGUGAUUCCCCGCGUGAAAGGCCACUCUCAUCCGGUCGCGGCCGAAGCCGGCGGCGGCGCGAUUCCGGCAAAGCGUGAGGGGAACGGAUACAUGGUCAACCUAGAGCUCAGCGCUAUGCAUCUCUCUUAA